AUGGCUAAGAUUCAUCCUCUCAUAAUACUCAAUAGUAGCCAUGAAGCUCCUUCUAGCUCUACUGCUAGUACUUCAUCGUGUUCUAACAAGUACAUGACUUCAAAGAGAGAAACAUUCACCAUAUGGAUGAAAUCGCUUGUAAUGCAAGGAAACGGAUGCACUGCGUUUGAUGAAAGAGGAGAGAUCGUUUAUCGAAUCGAUAACUACGACAACAAGCACAGCAACGAAGUUUAUCUCAUGGAUCUCCGGGGCAAGCUUCUCUUCACUGUUUGUGAGAAGAAAAUGUGUGGUUUUCUAAGCUGGGAGGGCUACAAAAGCAACACUAUUGUUCGUGCCAAUAGGCCAAUGUUUCGAGUAAGGAAAAGUUGUAGAGCAAUUCUUGGAAAUAAUGAGUGUUCUUAUAAAGUAAGCAUGGGAUCUGAGACCAGUUGCAGCUACAAGUUAGAAGCCUUGCGGGGGAAAUCAUCAGCAUUUAGAAUUACGGACAGCAAUGGAGGAUUUGUAGCAGAGGCAAAGAGAAAGCAGUCAAGUUCAGGAGUUGUAUUGGGAGAUGAUGUGCUGAGUUUGGUGGUGGAGGCUCAUGUAGAUCACUCCCUUAUCAUGGCCCUUGUCACUGUUUAUGGAUUAAUUAGACAUCAAUUAUGA